GACACACAUACAGAGAGGAAUAAUAAUAACAACAGUCACAAACAACAACAGCAGCAGCAAUUUUAAAAAGAGGAAUCCGAUACCAUGUUCACUGGAAAAGAGUUUUGACUACAUCCUCGGGAUUUUUUUUUUUAAAAAAUCUAUGUAUAUCUGUAUAUAUUCCUGGAAAUCACAAAGACUCGUGGGUUGGCGCCUCUUCGCUAUCUUCUAACAUCCUGUGGCUUUUGAUCGCCCCUAACCCUGGUACCUAGACCUAUUUAAGAUAAGCUAUUUAUAUGACAAUGAGCUCCUAUUUUGUCAACUCCCUCUUCUCCAAGUACAAAACCGGGGACUCCCUGCGCCCCAACUUCUACGAUUGUGGGUUCGCCCAGGAGCUCGGAGGGAGACCGACGGUGGUGUACGGGCCGAGCACGGGGGGCACCUUCCAGCACCCCACCCAGAUCCAGGAGUUCUACCACGGGGCGUCCUCUCUCUCCAGCUCCCCUUACCAACAGAACCCCUGCGCCGUGGCGUGCCACGGGGAUCCCAGCAACUUCUACGGCUAUGACCCGUUGCAAAGACAAAGCCUCUUCAGCGCUCAGGAAUCCGACCUGGUGCAGUAUCCGGAUUGCAAGUUAGCCUCCACUGGCCUGGGAGAGGACGCGGACAAUUCGGAGCAGAGCCCGUCUCCUACGCAACUCUUCCCCUGGAUGAGACCGCAAGCAGCCGCUGGACGGAGGAGAGGCCGGCAGACCUACAGCCGCUACCAGACCUUGGAGCUGGAGAAGGAGUUCCUUUUUAAUCCUUACCUGACCCGCAAGCGGAGAAUCGAAGUCUCGCACGCCCUGGGACUGACCGAAAGGCAAGUGAAAAUCUGGUUUCAGAACAGGAGGAUGAAGUGGAAAAAGGAGAACAACAAAGAUAAGUUCCCCAGCAGCAAAUGUGAGCAAGAAGAAUUGGAGAAACAGAAAAUGGAAAGGGCGCAGGAGGUGGAAGAGGGCGGAGAAGCACAGACUGGGGACAAAAAGUAGGCGCUGGAAGACUGGACAGGCAAGCCUCAGAAAGCCGCCCCCCCCCCCGUCCUUCCAUUAAUUCCAGUUAACGUGAGCGGUGGUUCCGACGGGGGGGGAGGAUAAAUACUGCUUGGGGAGGGGGAUCUCGCCUUUUAUUGCUGUAAAACAAUAUAGCUGUGAGCGUCUUCUUCUCCUGGUUGUCCUUUGAUACGUACAAUGAACUAUAUAUUUAAAAAAAAACACCCGAAACAUCAUGGGGUCUUUUUAGCCUUGUUGUUUGUUAUUUUUCAUCUUCUGGCCAGUUAAGAAUUAGUAAUAGUGUAAUGCAAUAGCUUCUGUUAACCAUGGCUGUGAAAAAUCUCCCUCCCUCCCUCUCAUUCUCUUUUUUCUCCCCCUACCCUCCUUUGCUUCCCCUUUUCUUACUUGAGAUCAGUGCUAUGGAAAUGAUGUACAAAAUACAGUAUAUACAGUAUUGCACUUUUGAAGACUUUCUUCCUUACUCCUUCCGUUUUUCUUUCUUCUCAUCCAUCCUCUGAAAUGUGUGUGUGU